UGGAUUUUUAAACAACUUAUCGUCUAUUUCCAAUGAAGAAAUCAGGGGAAAAGUUUCUAAUUCGGCUAAAAAGUAUCGAAUCGACAUAGAUGGUGACUUUGGAGAAGAGUGCGUACAGUUCAAAGGCUUUGUUGAAGGUAUAUUUGAUAAAGAAAGAGAACCUCAUAAUAACAAGAUUACCAAGCCUCCGAGGAAUACACUUUUGGAGUAUCUGAAACUCAUUCAUGAAAAACAGUUAACAACUUUAUUUCCGAAUAUUUCCGAAUAUGGACACGGUUUUGCUCAUUCUACUAUGCAUGAUGACAUCUAAUGCAUCUGGAGAAAGACCAUUCAGCAUGUUGAAAAGAAUCAAAAACUACUUGCGGAAAUCGAUUCUAGGUUGUCUAGUUUGGCUAGUUUUGUUUCAAAUUCUGAGCUUUUUCAAGUCAUAUUAAGGCGCGUAUAUAUCCACUGAAAAGUUGGCAACUUUUGUGUUUGCAACUCUUCCGAAGUCACCAACUUUUGUUUUUUAUCGUUGUCCACAUCUAAACAUAAAGUUGUCAACAAUAAUUUAGGAAACAUGUUAGUUGGCAACUGGCAGUCUCCAUCAAGACUAUUGUGUUGACAAAAUGGGGUCGAUUGAUGACGAUAUUAUCUUAGCAGCUGCAUCAUUUAUUAUUUUGAGUAAAAAAAAGAAACGAAAACAUAAAUAUUGGGUACGACCAAGCCUCAUAGGAAGAAACACACAUGGAGGAAUUGAGUUAAUAAAUGCUUUGAGAAAAGAUGAUUUGUUAGCAGGACGUAUUGAAGACGGACAAAUAAGAAACUUUCUCCGUAUGACUGAUUCCGAUUUUGAGUGGUUGCUCAAUCUUGUUGGACCAAAAAUUACAAAAAAUGACACUAAUUUUAGAAAAGCCAUCACACCUACCGAACGCCUACUAAUUACUUUAAGAUUUUUGGCUACCGGAGAUUCCUACACUUCAUUAAUGCAUUUAUUUAGGAUUUCAAAGCAAGCGAUUUCAAAAAUUGUACCAGAAGUAUGUAUAGCAAUAUGUGAAGUUCUUGGCGAUCAAAUAAAAAUGCCUGGAACUGCUGAAGAGUGGAAAGUAGUGGCAACACAGUUUAAUAAUCUAUGGAAUUUUCCACAAUGUACAGGAGUUAUGGACGGAAAACAUAUUAUGAUUCAAUCACCAGAACACAGUGGAAGCGACUACUUUAAUUACAAAUCGUUUUUUAGCAUUGUGCUUUUUAUUGUUGCUAAUACAAAUUACGAAGUGUUGUAUAUGAAUGUUGGCUGCCAGGGACGCAUAUCGGAUGGUGGUGUUUACGAAAAUACCCAGUUCAAAAGAAUGUUGUCCGAAUGUAAACUUAAUCUACCUAAUAAUGAAAAGCUUCCUGGUAGAGCCAUGGCUGUUCCUUAUGUUUUUCUGGGUGACGAUGCUUUUCCAUUGUCACCAAAUUUGAUGAAACCUUAUCCAGGUACCCAAGAAAAAGGAUCACAGGGAAGAAUAUUUAAUUAUAGACUAUCAAGAGCGCGAAGGGUAUCAGAGAAUGUGUUCGGAAUAUUAUCUGCACGAUUUCGAGUUUUCAGAAAAAUAAUGUUACUUGAACCAACGAAAGCGGAGACAAUUGUGACUGCUUGUAUUUGUUUACAUAAUUAUUUAAGAAAAAAAAUCAAGGACCACCUACACUCCACCUGGAACUUUCGAUUCUGAAGACAAAGACAGUGGUAAUAUUAUUUCUGGAGCUUGGAGGAACGAGAUGCAAAACAAUAUGCCAUUCCAUAGUUUCGAUAAGAGAGCUCGGAAAUCAAGUAGUGCUGCGAAAGAUGUGAGACAAGAAUUUGCAGAGUUUUUUAUGACCGAACAAGGGAACAUUCCUUGGCAAAAUGACUAUUAACAAAUUAUAUAAAGUAACGAAACAAACAGCAAGAAAAUUAAUUAAUGCAUUAAUAAUAUUAAUUUUAUGAAGUUAUUUUAUUUUUUUUAAGUUAGAAGUUAACUAACUUUCUACUAACUGCUAAAUUACUAGAAUAUGAUACGUUAUGAUCCUCUUUCAAUCGUAGU